AUGGAGUUAUUAUUAAAACCACCAAGUGAAAACAACAGCAAUGGCAAUGAAAAUGGAAGUGUUGUUGCUAUCAUAAAAUCAAAUGAAAUGAAGAGUGCGAGAGAGAUCGAACGAAGAAUCCUCCAGCACCUCCAUGGGCACCGCAGUCGGAUCCAUCUUACCCAAAUUCACGCUCAUACCCUCCGCCACCAUCUCCAUCAAUCCAACCUCAUCCUCUCUCACUUCGUCUCCGUUUGCGCCUCGCUCCGCCAGAUGGACUACGCCCAUCUCCUCUUUCUCCAAACCCAACACCCCAACAUCCUCCUCUUCUAUUCAAUCAUCAAAGCCUACUCUUUGUCCCCAUCCCAUAACUCACUUAACUUGUUUUCCCACAUGAAGAAACGUCGAAUCUGGCCUGAUCAAUUCACUUUUGCUCCUCUACUCAAGUCUUGUUCCAAUCUUUGCGAUGUUAACUUUGGGAAAACGGUGCAUGCUCAAGUCCUUUCACUCGGGUUUCACUGCUUUCGUGCUGUUAGGAUUGGAUUAGUUGAAUUGUAUGUUAAUUGCGGGAAAUUAGAUGAUGCUAAGAAGGUGUUCGACGAAAUGCGUGAGAGAGAUGUUAUUGUCUGGAAUUUAAUGAUUAGUGGGUAUUGUAAAAAUGGAAAUGUGGACAUGGGUUAUAACCUCUUUAAGGAGAUAGGAGAGAGGAGUAUAGUUUCGUGGAAUACGAUGUUGUCUUGCUUGUCCAAAAGUGAGCGAGAGGGUGAAGCUUUGAAAGUUUUUCAUGAGAUGUGUCAUAACGGUUUUGAGCCUGAUGAGGCGACAGUGGUGACUAUGCUUCCGGUUUGUGCUCGUUUGGGGGAAGAUGACGUCGGCCAAUGGAUCCAUUCUUAUGCCAAAUCAGAUAAACUUUAUGAAAAACAUGUUUCUGUAGGAAACUCACUUGUCAAUUUCUACUGCAAACGUGGGCUUCUGGAUGCUGUUUUCACAGUUUUCAACGAUAUGCCCUUGAGAAAUGUAGUUUCUUGGAAUGCCAUGAUUUCCGGUUUGGCUUUCAAUGGCAGAGUCGAAGAGGGUUUAGCUUUGUUUGAUGAGAUGAUCAAGAACGGAUUGACUCCAAACGAGUCCACUUUUGUCGGUGUCUUAACAUGCUGUGUACAUUCAUGGUUGAUUCAAAGAGGCAAGGACCUGUUUUCGUCAAUGGUAUCGAACCAUCAAAUCAAGCCAAAGCUCAAGCAUUAUGGGUGCAUGGUUGAUCUUCUUGGGCACGGGGGGUCGGUGAAAGAGGCUUAUGAGUUAAUUUUAUCAAUGCCCAUGAAGCCAAAUGUUGCACUAUGGGGUGCAUUACUAAGUUCGUGUCAUAAUCAUGAUACGUUUGAAUCUGCGAGAUGGAUUUAA